ACCAUUAAUACUGUAUCAGAGGUCAUUCGAGGAUGCCAGAUCAAUCAGGACUACUUUGCCUCUGUAAAUGCACCUUCGAAUCCACCAAGGCCGGCGAUUGUGGUACUGCUGAUGUCCAUGGUCAACGAGCGGCAGCCUUUCGUGCUCCGCUGUGCCGUGCUCUAUUGCUUCCAGUGCUUCUUGUACAAAAACCAAAAAGGACAAGGAGAAAUCGUUUCAACGCUUCUGCCGUCUACUAUUGAUGCUACAGGUAACUCUGUCUCAGCUGGCCAGCUGCUCUGCGGGGGCCUCUUCUCCACGGACUCCCUCUCCAACUGGUGUGCCGCGGUGGCGCUGGCCCACGCCUUGCAGGAGAACGCCACCCUGAAGGAGCAGCUCCUGCGGGUUCAGCUGGCCACCAGCAUCGGCAACCCGCCCGUGUCGCUGCUGCAGCAGUGCACCAACAUCCUGUCGCAGGGCAGCAAAGUACAGACCAGGGUUGGACUACUGAUGUUGCUCUGCACUUGGCUCAGCAACUGCUCGAUCGCUGUCACCCACUUCCUUCACAAUCCAGCCAACAUACCUUUUCUCACAGGGCAGAUAGCUGAAAACCUUGGAGAAGAGGAGCAGCUCGUCCAAGGCCUCUGUGCACUUCUGCUUGGCAUUUCCAUCUACUACAACGACAAUUCCCUUGAAAAUUACAGGAAAGAGAAGCUGAAACAGCUGAUUGAGAAGAGGAUUGGCAGGGAGAACUUCAUUGAGAAGCUUGGCUUCAUUAGCAAACAUGAACUUUAUUCCAGAGCUGCUCAGAAGCCACAGCCUAGUUUUUCUAGCCCAGACCACAUGAUGUUUGAUCAUGAAUUUACCAAGCUCGUGAAGGAAUUGGAAGGUGUUAUAAGUAAAGCUAUUUACAAGUCCAGUGAGGAAGAUAAAAAGGAGGAGGAGGUCAAGAAGACAUUGGAGCAGCAUGACAACAUUGUGACUCACUACAAAAAAGUCAUUAGAGAGCAGGACCAGGAGCUUGAAGAACUAAAACAACGAAUUAACACUUUAACAUCUCAAAAUGAACAGCUCCAAACAACAGUUACACAGCAAGUGUCGCAGAUCCAGCAGCAUAAGGACCAGUAUAACCUCCUUAAAGUACAGCUAGGAAAGGACACUCAGCACCAUAAUUCCCACAGCGAGACGUUUCAGAUGAACGGCGUUCAGAUGGAAGAAGUGAGCAAAUUGAAAGAGGAGUUGGAAGAAUGGAAAAACAAGUAUGAACUGCUGCAGGGGCAGUUAAGGGAGAAGGAUUCUGUGAUUGAAAGAACGAAGUCUUCACAGUUGGAAAUGGGAACAACAGAGCAGUCUUCACAGACCAGCAAAUCUGGUGGCUUGGAGCACAACCAUGAACUACAGAAGGAACUGGAAAUGCUCAGGAGUCAGAUGCAACUACAGUCUGCGGAAAUCACCAAGCUUCAGAUGGAGAAUCAAAAGCUACAA